UGGUUAAAUACCUCACCAUUUAAGUGAACCUUUGUUCUGUCAAAGUCCAUUACACACUUGUGCAUGGCUAAAUAACACUUGCAAAAAAGAUGUAAGUGCUUCCUUUAGGCUGGGACAUCAACGGGACGGGAACAGGAGAAUAAUGGCUGGGCCAAAACCUCGAGUGAUUGCACUUUCCAAGCGUGAAGGCCAGAGCUAUGGCUUCUACCUGAGGAUUGAGGAGGGGGCAGAAGGUCAUUUGGUUCGGGCAUUGGAGAUGGGUGGUCCUGCUGAACUAGCUGGUCUCAAGGAUGGAGAUCGCAUUAUCAGAGUCAAUGGAACCUUUGUGGACAACCUGGAACACAGCCAGGUUGCAGAUCUGGUUAAGAAAAGUGGAUUGACUGUCACAUUCCAUGUCCUGGGAGAGGAAGCAUACCAGCAGGCCAAAAGAAAUGGCAUAAACCUUGCAGAACCACAGUCCUAUUCUGCUCAGAGUCAGCCCACCAUGAACGGAGUUCCUGCAGCAGGCCCUAAACUCAAACUCUGCUUUCUGCUGAAGUCCAGCAGUGGCUUUGGUUUCUCGAUCAAGUCCUGUAAAGGUCCAGAGGGAAUGUUCAUGACGGAUGUGAUUGUGGGAGGGGCGGCUGAUAAUGCGGGGGUUAAGGCAGGUGAUCGUCUGGUGGAGAUCAAUGGAGAAAAUGUAGAAGGCGCUACACAUGAUCAAACUGUGGAAAAAGUCAAAGCUGCGGGAAAAAGUGUGAUGUUUUUACUCGUGGACAAGGACACAGACAAAUACUACAAGAAUAAAUGCAUCAGACUGGGAACUGGACUGGCCACAACGAAGCACCUACCAAUGAAUCCUCGCAUAGUUGAAAUCACCAAGGGAGCCAGUGGUUAUGGCUUCUUCCUUAAGGCAGACCCUAAAACUCCAGGUCAUUUCAUUGGAGAAAUCGACCGUGGGAGUCCUGCAGAAAAAGGGGGACUGAAGGAGAUGGACCAGCUGGUGGCUGUGGAUGGAGAGGAGGUUAAUCACUGUACCCAUGAGCAAGUGGUGGAUAAAAUACGUGAGCUCGGAAAUCGAUGCUGCCUCCUGGUGGUUGAUACUGAAACAGACAAGAUGUACAAGAUGGGUGGUGUCUCUCCUUUACUUUAUUGGGAGGAAAUGAGGAGUUCCCUUCCUCAGAUGAGCAAUCCUGAGCCUGAACAUAAUGUCACCCCAGUCCCAGCCAUGGCUGACGCUCCUGAGGUAAUAUAUAAACCCAAAUUGUGCCGCAUGGAAAAGGGCGCUGCUGGAUACGGCUUCCACCUCAAUGGUAUCCAAGGAGUGCAUGGACAAUAUAUCAAAGAGGUGGUGAAAGGAGGACCAGCAGACAGAGCAGGGCUAGAGGAUGAAGACAUUGUGGUGGAGGUCAAUGGGGUGAACAUAGAGGAAAGCACGCAUGAGGAGGCUGUGAAUCUGAUCCGCAGCAGUGGUGACACAUUGGUCCUCCUUGUAGCAGGGAAAGCUGCUUAUGAUCACCUGAAAGCUAAGGGAGUUGCAAUUACCCCCAAGCCGCUGGAUACCGAACAAACACCAGUUCAGCCUCGUGAAAGGACACCCUCUGUUUCAUCUACAUCCUCAUCAGAAAGUGAAGAUGAGAGGCUCUGAGAAAGACGUUUUCCAGUUGCUGGGUUAUAUUUAUAUGGUGGUACACCAAGUUGCACAUAUAAAUUAAAAAAAGCUUAUAUUAUAAGUAGUCAAUAAUUGCACUGCUGAAAAAGACAGUCUUUUAAAUGGAAAGCAGUCAUAUACUCUGUUCUCGCAGACUACAGGAGUUUACCAAUCUACAAAUAACGCUGGAAAAUAAAAAGAAGCAGAAGCAGUAAUAAUAAAUACUGCAUCAGAUCAGAGUUAACAUUUUCCAAACAAAUCCGUGCAUGUUCUUUUAUAUGUGUGUGAUAUGACGCAGAUAAGACAGAUCUCACACAUGAACAAAGGACACAAACUGUCUUAAAUCAUGCCAUUGUCACAUGUGUGUUGAUUGUGUAAGACCCUCUGAUGCCUUUCAUAUGCAAACUUUACCCUUUUUGCACCUGUUUAUCUCUACUUCAGUGCAUUAAAAAAACGUUCACCGUGUUAAUAUUUAGAGCCUAGAUCUUCAGCAGUGAGCUACACACUCUGCUUGGGAUGCUGUAUGAAGUAAUAAAAACUCACUAGUAAAUAAAAAUUUGCAUAAUCA